UUAGUCGCCAACAAGAAUCGAACGUGCGAUUUUUAUUUUUCUAUUUACAUCCUUUCGUUGGCCUAAAAGAUAAACUGCCAAGAUGUGUGACGAUGAUGCGGGUGCAUUAGUUAUCGACAACGGUUCGGGCAUGUGCAAGGCCGGCUUUGCUGGUGAUGAUGCCCCCCGUGCUGUGUUCCCAUCGAUUGUGGGUCGUCCACGCCACCAGGGUGUGAUGGUGGGUAUGGGUCAGAAGGAUUCGUACGUUGGUGAUGAGGCUCAGAGCAAACGUGGUAUCCUGACACUGAAAUAUCCCAUCGAGCAUGGCAUUAUCACUAACUGGGACGAUAUGGAGAAAAUCUGGCAUCAUACCUUCUACAAUGAGUUGCGUGUGGCGCCCGAGGAACAUCCAGUUCUAUUGACGGAAGCUCCACUGAAUCCUAAGGCUAAUCGCGAGAAGAUGACCCAGAUCAUGUUCGAGACCUUCAACUCGCCGGCCAUGUAUGUUGCCAUUCAGGCUGUGCUGUCACUAUACGCCUCCGGUCGUACCACUGGUAUUGUCUUGGACUCCGGCGAUGGCGUCUCGCACACCGUGCCCAUCUAUGAAGGCUUUGCCCUGCCACACGCCAUUCUGCGUUUGGAUUUGGCCGGUCGCGACUUGACCGAUUAUCUGAUGAAGAUAUUGACUGAGCGCGGCUACUCCUUCACCACCACGGCCGAGCGUGAAAUCGUGCGCGAUAUCAAGGAGAAGCUGUGCUAUGUAGCUUUGGACUUCGAGCAGGAAAUGGCCACAGCGGCUGCCUCCACCUCCUUGGAGAAAUCGUAUGAGUUGCCCGAUGGCCAGGUCAUCACCAUUGGCAAUGAGCGCUUCCGCUGCCCCGAAGCUCUCUUCCAGCCCUCGUUCUUGGGUAUGGAAUCAUGCGGCAUCCAUGAGACUGUCUACAAUUCGAUUAUGAAGUGCGAUGUUGACAUCCGUAAGGAUCUGUAUGCCAACUCUGUGCUGUCUGGCGGUACCACCAUGUACCCAGGUAUUGCUGAUCGCAUGCAAAAGGAAAUCACUGCCCUGGCCCCAUCGACCAUUAAGAUCAAGAUCAUUGCUCCCCCCGAGAGAAAGUACUCGGUGUGGAUCGGUGGCUCCAUCCUGGCCUCGUUGUCCACCUUCCAGCAGAUGUGGAUCUCGAAGCAGGAAUACGAUGAGUCCGGUCCCGGCAUUGUUCACCGCAAAUGCUUUUAAAUCUUUCCCGAGCCGCGAAAGAUCAACAAAAGCUACUGCCCUAGCGAAUACACAAACCGUUGGCAGCGCGCUUUUCAACAACAUCGGCGCCCACAGUGAUAAGUCAAGACACUUACCAGCAACAGCAACAACAACAACAAAAAUCCACUGCACCGUUAUCAUUCGAAUCAAAGCCACAAGAUACAACAGAACUGGUGACAAGAUGCAAAAACAUCCUUCAUUAGAACUAACUCAAGCAUUUUGUCACGGUCACUGGCGGUUUUUAUUAUAAGUGAAAUAAUUAAUAAUAAUUUGUGUAAAAAUCGUCUUUGUGAAUAAAAUAAAUAUUUUACGUGAGAGAGCUUUUAACCUAGACAGCGAAUUGAAAGAAA